AACUAUUGCCCUGGCAGAAUGGUUAUUAGCAGCCAUAUCUUUAUGUCCACUCUUCAUCAUCUCAUCCUCAUUUUUUUCAUCUCUCUGCUUGGAACUUCAUCGUACCUACAACUUAUUAAACCCGUUUCAUGUACCAAAAGCCCUAUUUUCAAAUGCUCAGAGGUGGAGAGGAAAGCACUUCUUAGCUUUAAAUACAAUCUCACAGAUCCAUCGGGUCGUCUCUCUUCUUGGGUUGGUGAGGAUUGCUGCAACUGGCUAGGCGUUGGAUGUGAUAACAACACAGGAAAUGUCGUCAAGCUUGACCUCAGGAACCCAUCGUGGUUUGAUGGUUUUGAUCAAUAUAACAAGUCGUGUCUGGGGGGUGGCAACAAUUUAAUUGGAAAGAUUCCGAAUUCAUUUGCCAACCUUUGCAAUUUGCAAGCAUUACAGCUGAGGGGGAACAAUAUAAAUGGGGGGAUAACUGAGUUUGUGGAUGGCUUGUCUCAAUGUUCCAACAGUAGCUCUGAAGAUGGGAACUUACCGUCAAUGCAAGAAAUUGACCUCUCUUUUAAUCAAUUGAACGGAACCAUUCCAGAAAGCAUUGGGAAACUGUCAAUGCUUGUUUCAUUGAAUCUUAAUGAUAAUCAAAUGAGCGGAACCAUUCCAGAAAGCAUUGGGAAACUGUCAAUGCUUGUUUCAUUGAAUCUUGCUCAUAAUCAAAUGAGCGGAACCAUUCCAGAAAGCAUUGGGAAACUGUCAAUGCUUGUUUCAUUGAAUCUUGCUGAUAAUCAAAUGAGCGGAACCAUUCCAGAAAGCAUUGGGAAACUGUCAAUGCUUGUUUCAUUGAAUCUUGCUGAUAAUCAAAUGAGCGGAACCAUUCCAGAAAGCAUUGGGAAACUGUCAAUGCUUGUUUCAUUGAAUCUUGCUCAUAAUCAAAUGAGCGGAACCAUUCCAGAAAGCAUUGGGAAACUGUCAAUGCUUGUUUCAUUGAAUCUUGCUGAUAAUCAAAUGAGCGGAACCAUUCCAGAAAGCAUUGGGAAACUGUCAAUGCUUGUUUCAUUGAAUCUUGCUGAUAAUCAAAUGAGCGGAACCAUUCCAGAAAGCAUUGGGAAACUGUCAAUGCUUGUUUCAUUGAAGCUUGGCGGUGAGAAUUCUUGGGAAGGAGGUAAGAAUUCUUGGGAAGGUGUCCUAACUGAAGCUCAUUUUCUAAAUCUCACCCGGUUAAAAUCUCUUUCGUUGUAUAUGGAAUCUUCUGCAAAUUGGAAGUUGGUUUUAAAUGCCAAACAGGACUGGGUUCCUCCUUUUAAGCUAAUAGACCUUCAAUUACGAUACGUGCGGAUCGGCCCAACCUUUCCAACUUGGCUUACAACCCAAAAUGAACUCAAUCUUCUUUUGCUCGAGAAUGCUGGCAUUUCAGACACCAUUCCACAUGGCCUUUGGAAGUCUUGCCCAAAUAUCACUUUUUGGAGUCUAUCCAAUAAUAAACUACGGGGCCAGGUACCGUACUUUGAAUUUCAACCUUCGGCAUAUUAUAUUGAUUUGAGUUUCAACAACUUAGAGGGUCCACUUCCACUUUUUCAUAGUAAUUUACGUCACAUACAUCUCGAUAAUAAUAUGUUUUCUGGACCUAUUCCAAAAAACAUAGGUCAGUUAUUGCCCAAUUUGGACUGGUUGGACCUCUCUUCAAAUUCAAUUACUGGCAGAAUUCCCCAUUCUUUUGGAAUGCUAAAGAACUUAAGCUUUCUUAUUUUGAGAAAUAAUUCUGUGUCUGGGAAACUCCCCCCUCUUCUUUGGAAGGAUUUACAACGGUUAUUAAUAUUGGACUUAGCAGAGAACAAUAUAUCCGGCAAUGUUCCAAGUUCAAUGCAAUAUUUGAGAUCACUGGAGGUAUUAUCAUUAAGCCAAAAUCAUCUUGAUGGAGAGUUUCCUUCUUUCUUUAGAAACUAUAGCAACUUGCAAAGCCUUGAUCUUGGAAGAAACAAAUUCUUCGGAAAACUUCCAACAUGGUUAGGAGAAAGUCUACCACAUUUAUUGAGGUUAAGACUAAGGUCCAACUUUUUUCAGGGGGACAUACCUCAACAACUCUGCCUUCUUUCACAUCUUCAAAUCCUGGACCUUGCACACAAUGAUUUUUCAGGAGUAAUCCCUAAAUGUUUAGGAAGCUUGCGUAGUAAUGAGCAUGAAGGUUACUACGUGGACUAUGAUUACGAAAUGUUGUUGGUUUCUAAAGGAAUAGAAUAUGGAUAUGGUCAAACUUUUUUUAAUCUUGUAUAUUCUAUAGACCUUUCGAGUAACAAUUUAUCAGGAGAAAUACCUGAUAAUAUAACAAGCAUAUCAGAAUUGGUCAUCAUGAAUUUAUCAAUGAAUCAUCUCAUUGGAAGAAUUCCUAAUAAAAUUGGGAAUUUACAAAUGUUACAAUCACUUGAUCUCUCGAUGAAUGAGCUUUAUGGCCCUAUCCCUCAAAGUUUGUCUUCGUUGAAUUUCUUAAGUCGCUUGAAUUUGUCAUUCAACAACUUGUCUGGUAAAAUUCCAAAUGGGGAUCAACUUCAAACACUUAAUGACGCUUCUAUCUACGAAGGUAACUCUUUACUCUGUGGGCUUCCUCUUUCAACCAAGUGUUUAGAAGAUGAAACUAAACAUAUGGUACCACCAAAUGGUGGUAACAGAGUAGCCAACGAAAAUGGAAGUGCUGGCAUUAAUUCAUUCUCAUUCUACGUUAGCAUGAUGGCUGGGUUUAUUGUUGGAUUUUGGGGAGUUUGUAGCACACUGAUUAUCAAAACAUCAUGGAGACAAGCUUACUUUCGCAGCUUUGAUAAUUUGAAAGACAAGAUUGUUGUGUUCGUUAUGGUCAAAAUUGUAUGCUUACUAAGGAAGGAGUCGGAGAGAAAUUGAAGCUGUGGGCUUAGGAGCUUUUCUUAAUAUGUAUAAUUUAUGUAUUGUAAGUUUUUUAGGUUGUUGUAAUAAUGUAUGAUCCAAGAUGCUUCAAAUCUUCACUUGUCAAAGUCAUAUAUAUGAAUAAUUUUUACAAUUGUGCAAGGCAUUAUUUCUUU